AUGGAGUUCCUAUCCAUGUUGUUUCUGUUCUUUGUUUCUCUUUUCAUCCUUGUUCUCAUCCGUCCGGCCAUCCGUAAAUUCGUUGCCUUUGGCCGUGGAAAGUUGCCACUCCCUCCGGGGACUUUGGGUUGGCCUUAUAUUGGAGAGACCUUUCAGCUUUACUCUCAGAAUCCUAAUGUUUUCUUUGCUUCCAAAGUAAAGAAAUUUGGUUCGAUAUUCAAGACUCAUAUUCUGGGAUGUCCUUGUGUGAUGAUUGCAAGCCCAGAAGCAGCAAAGCUUGUUCUUGUGACCAAAGCUCAUCUCUUUAAGCCGACAUUCCCAGCUAGCAAAGAAAGGAUGUUGGGGAAACAAGCCAUUUUCUUUCACCAGGGAGACUAUCAUUCCAAGUUGAGGAAAUUAGUCCUCCGAGCUUUCACUCCAGAAGCCAUCAAGCACAUCGUUUCCGACAUCGAAUCGGUUGCUGUUGAGUCACUCGAAUCAUGGGAAGGAAGAAUGAUCAACAGUUUUCAAGAAAUGAAAACUUACACUUUCAAUGUUGCAUUACUUUCCAUAUUGGGAAAGGAUGAGAUUCACUACAGAGAAGAUCUUAAGAGGUGCUACUACAUUCUCGAGAAGGGAUACAAUUCCAUGCCAAUUAACCUUCCUGGAACACUUUUCCACAAAUCCAUGAAAGCCAGGAAAGAAUUAGCUCAGAUCUUAGCCAAAAUUAUCUCUGUGAGGAGGGAAAUGAAGCACAAUUACAAUGAUUUGUUGGGAUCAUUCAUGGGAGAUAAAGAAGGCCUAACUGAUGAACAAAUUGCAGACAACGUUAUUGGUGUCAUCUUUGCAGCCAGAGACACCACAGCUAGUGUUCUUACAUGGAUCCUCAAGUACCUUGGAGAGAACCCCAGUGUCCUACAAGCUGUCACAGAAGAACAAGAAGCUAUAUUGAAGACUAAACAAGAUUAUGAGGCUUUGACUUGGGCUGACACCAAAAAGAUGCCAAUGACAACAAAAGUGAUUCAAGAAACACUUAGAGUUGCUUCAAUCCUCUCAUUCACCUUCAGAGAAGCUGUUGAAGAUGUUGAAUUCGAAGGUUACCUCAUACCAAAAGGGUGGAAAGUAAUGCCGCUCUUCAGAAACAUUCACCAUAGCCCGGAUAAUUUCCCAGAUCCUGAGAAGUUUAACCCUUCAAGAUUUGAGGCUAAUCCAAAACCCAAUACUUUCAUGCCAUUUGGAAAUGGAACCCACUCAUGUCCUGGGAAUGAGCUAGCCAAACUGGAGAUGUUGGUCCUGAUUCAUCAUCUGACCACAAAAUACAGGUGGUCUAUGAUGGGUCCACAGAAUGGAAUUCAAUAUGGUCCUUUUGCACUUCCCCAAAAUGGUUUACCCAUUAGGCUGUUUCGGAAAUACUAG